AUGGCUCCGAUGACAGACUUUCAUGUCAAGGAGAAAUACACCUACCUCAACGGCUUUGGUAGCUACCACUCAUCCGAGGCCAUACCAGGAGCAAAUCCUCUGGUGAACAACAGCCCUCAGAAGCCACCGUUUGGUUUGAGAACGGAACGCAUAUCCGGAACAUCAUUCACAGCUCCGCGAGAACAAAACUUGCAGACAUGGCUCUAUCGAGUGACAUCCUCGUUAGAACAUAGCGAGUUCGUGCCACUCGAAGAAAAACCCCCAGUGCCUUCCAAUAUCUCUCCGAACUCUUAUAUGUGGCCAACAUUCCAAGCAGACGCAGAUUCAAACUGGACGAAGCAGCAGCUACUCGCUCGGAAUGGCGAUCCGACUCAAAAGCAAGGUCUUGCGAUCUGGGUCUUCGCGAUCGACAAGUCGAUGGAAGAGCGUCAAGCUUUCUCUUCUCUCGAUGGAGAGAUUCUGAUAAUUCCGCAAGCUGGUACUCUGGACAUCCAAACAGAAAUGGGAAAACUUCUGGUGCGACAGAAUGAAAUCGCAGUGAUUCCCAGAGGGGUUCGACAUCGGGUCACACUUCCGAAUGGUCCGGCACGAGGCUACGUCUGCGAGCUUUUCCAAGGGCAUUUUAAAUUACCAGAUCUUGGAAUCGUGGGAUCGACGGGACUGGCGAAUGUCCGAGACUUCCAAAUUCCGACGGCGUUCUUCGAAGGCCAGGUCAAAGGCGAUGUUGCUCAAGCUAGUGGUGGCGGCGAAUGGACCAUCAAGUCAAGAAUGGGUGGUCGAUUAUGGCAGUGCAAACAGGAUCAUACCCCUUUCGACGUUGCCGCUUGGCAUGGGACCAAUUAUCCUUACAAAUACGAUUUGGCCCGCUUCAAUGUCCUCGGUAAUGUGCUCUUCGACGAGCACGAUCCAUCACUAUACGUGAUUUUAACAGCUCCUGCGCAUGGAAAGGAACCUGGGACUGCAGUCGUCGAUUUCGCACUAAUUCCCCCUCGCUGGAUGGUGUCGGAGGAUACACUAUGGCUGCCGUAUUAUCACCGAAACACCAUGUCAGAAUUCUAUGCUCCGAUCAUCAACGCGCAAGAUCCGAAGCAUCCUCUGAAUUCUGCGAGUCAGAAGAACGAAUUCUUUCCUUUCGGUGCUGGGCUUAAUGGGGGUAAUGUGACUCAUGGUGCGAAUGAGGAGGAAUUCCAGAAGGCUACGAAUGAGGAUCUGAAGCCGAAAAAGGUUAUGGAUGAUGGUCUUGCGAUCAUGUUGCUGGAGACGGAGCUGCCGUUGUAUGUGAGUGAUUGGGCGGAGGAAGCGGCUGUCAAGAACUUUGGGCAGAAUAAACCGGCAAGAUCCAAAAUGUAG